GGUGGUGGUUUGCCCGCCACCUGCAUGGCAACAAUAGCCAACAAAGCAAAAGACGAUCGUAGUUGUUUCCCGAUCAUUGCUGAACUGUGGUACUUGGAGUUCACGGGCUGGGAAUGCAACUUGUUGCCCGCAGACAGAUAUUAUAUUAAUCCACGACUUAUUCUUUCACCGGCUACACCUGCGGAUUAGAUAUGACAGCUGCAUUUCAGAGAUUUUUCAGACUAAAGUGCGGAAGUUCUCGUCCGAAAAAAAUGCAGACUAUGUUUGCAUCUCAUGCUCCAGGGGAGGUGAUAGACGCUAUAAGACCUGACCUAGAAGCAUUUACUUCAUUAUGGACAGCCCUCAGAGUAAAUUAUGAGGGUACGAAUAUAACCAGAACCGUUGCUCGUCUUCUACACAUGUAUCAGCCCGAAGAAGGAGUUACUGCUUAUGAAAGACUACUUCGAACCUUAUUCGUCCUUCUUGAAGAUUUUGACAGCAAUGGACUCCAGUUGUUAGUUUCUAUGGUACCACCACCAAAGGGUGUCAGCGAUGAGAUAGUUAAAGAAGUAUUCUAUACUGCUACCGGCUUUGUGCGAGUUGAUGCCCCAAUAUUUCAUAAAAAUACUCAUACCCAGUACACCAGUGUUAGAUCCAGCACGCCUACACCAAUCCCAGGCAGUCAUUACUCUCAGUUUUUACCUCAGCCAUGCUCUUCCACUGCAUCUCAAAUCCAUGUGCCUCUCCGUCAAAGUCCUGUCAUCCAAGAACAAAAAGAUGGUGGUUCCCCACCAAAGGAAGUAGCUGUCACUGAGAUUGCAAAACAGCUUAAAUCUGCAGAUCCAAGUGAAACUGCUCCUGUCAACCAAGAAGAAAACUCUCCUCAGGUAUCUCAAGAUUCUUCAGAAGUUUUUCGAGGGUUUCCACCAAGUGAAAUAUUCAACACUCAAAGUCAUGUCCAGAGCAUGACAAAUUUCUACAGGCCAUUAACAAAUUAUAGUUUUUCUCAACCUAGGCCUAGUUUUGUAAACUUUGCUCGAAUUGUUGGUCAAAGUUCAGGACAAACUCGACAACCCUUCAGUACAGGAUUGGUAGAAAGUGUAUAUCGACCAAAAUGGUUUCCAAAUCCCUACUUGAUUCACAAAAAUUCUUACCCACAACCGCAGUACCAGGAUUUGUAUUUAAAGACAGUUAACAACCAGUAUGUUAGAAUACCUGCCUCGAAAGUUAACAAUUUUCAUCAGGUGAACCUCAACGCUUCGCAUGCAUCUCAUCAGAAUUUGUACUCGGCACAUGAUCUUUUGAGGAAUAGGAGUAACACCGUGACUAGUGGUUUGCUCGAAGAAGUAAGACACCAUAAUCUUCAGAAGGCAGAUGUUAAAAAGAUUUUACCAAAAAAUGGGCUCUCUACAAAGUCCGAAGGCCAUAUUCUAGCUGCUAAUGUCAAAGAAAAACCAGCCGACAGUCGAGAAAACCUAGAACUUGAAGCCCUAGAUGAUAAAUUUGCUACAGGUGAAGAAGAGCGAACAAUCCUAGACAGUUCUAUCAUAAAAAAAACCAAUAGCAAUGUCAAUUUGAAGAGUAGCAAUGCAGACGUCCAGACAGAAAUUCUAAAUCAUCAGUUAGAAACAUUGGAUACUGUUGACGAGAGAAAUGAUAAUGCACCAAGCAAUAGAGAGGGCCAAGUUACCGUAGAAAAUCUAGUGACGAAUAGUGAAAAUUUUGAAGAGUUUGAAAAAGAAGUCAGAUUGCGACAGCGGGCCAUACAGGAAGAUAUAUUUAAAAUGGAUAUCGUGUGUAGUGACAUUCAUACCGAGUGUGGGAAGUUUCUUCAGGAAGAAGUUGAUAAUUCAAUAACACCUGAAAUGCUGACAGCAAGUGAGGAGCUGAGGAUUAGUUGCAAGAAGUUUUUCGGUCGUGUAAAAACCGAAGAAAUAAUUGAAACACCAACGUUCCCAAGGACCAGAGCAUUGAGCCGUAUUAUUCAGCAGCCGAUAGUCUUGCACCCAUCUGAAUCUAAUUUGUGGAAACUUUUGACUUCAAAAAACGCCCUAGAUAGUGUCGACGAUGCAGUAACUACCAAAACCAUAGAGGCUCUUGGAGAAUUGGAAGGCCCUUUGGUAAAGGACGCAACAAUUGUUUCACCUGUCGACGGAAGAGAGACAGGAAAAUUAGGACUGCCGGUAUCAGUCUCUAUGCCGAAACGUGUCAUACGCAAGAAGAAAAUUGACGCGCUAACGACAAAGUCAAAAAGUCAAAGGGUUGCUUUAAGGAGACCAUCGGCGCUGUCUGACGUCCAAGAUGACUUUAGCCCUGGUGGGAACAGACGGAAUAUAUUAGCUACACAAAUGAAUAGCAGUUCACAGGAGUUUGCAAACAGGUCUCCCCAUUCUAUGACUCAACAAACUCCACCCGCUGUUAUUAGUCCAGCAACAACAAUGGCUGAAUUAGCAGCUUAUAAAAAACAAUAUUACGAUGCGUUGCUGAGCAUUCAGAAGGCAAAAGCUGCAGUGGCAAAUUCCCUGGCAAUUUCCUCCGUGAGAAGCCCAUCUGGGUUCGAUCCGUACUAUUACAAUUACUUGCAACAGCAACAGCAACGAAAUCAGAUUCUUCGACGUCACCAACACCAAAUUUUUAUGGGUCACCAAUUCUCUCGGCAGCAAUCAAUGCAGCCCGUGUGUCCACCUUGGUUCAGAAAUACCGAUUGGAGAUUUCCUGUCAUCGGCCAAUCCCAGUUACCUAACAGACCCCAAGUUGUCCAUUCCACCCCUUCCCUGUGGCCUCCACGUACUGGGUUGACACGGAGAGAGUCACAAUCGAUUGGCUCUCAGAACCAGGCUCCGAAUAUCCUUCAUCAGGCUAAACCGCCGGUGAAACGUAGAAAACUAGAAGAAAUCGUAGGCAAACUUAAAAAAACCGAAAACAUCAGCACGAAAAUUUGAUCGAAAAAUGUUUUCACAUUGAUCUGAUUGAUUUAUUCGAAAAUAUUAGUAUAAAUGUGUAUAAUUUCUUAUUCAAUUUAUUUUUUUUCAAGUAUAUUAAUAAUCGUCCUGCACGUUGUUACCGUAAUUGGUCGUAUUACCAUGCCUCACAGAGACAUGCCUGACGAUACUUUGUUAUACAAUAAUAUUAAAAAAAAAAAAUCAAAAAAUAAGUCCAGAAUUAUAUUGUGAUCUACAUAGUCGCAUCGGUGGUACUCAAUCUUUCACCUUCGUGCAGCUCCAAUCCAGUAGUGCGGAGGGUCUGCAACGCUAUCUAGUCGACGAACAGCGCUAGAAAAUCAGAGAUCCAAAGCGAAAACUGAUUGUUAGCAGAAUUUCAAACAGCGGAUAUAGAAGAAUUGAAUCUAUUUAAAAUGAUUUAAGCUGGUUUUUCAAGUGCUUCGAGUUUUCUUGAGAUAUCUCAGUUUUCCCGAAACUGCAAUUUUGUUCAUCCUUUAUGCUCAUCUCUGUUUGAUUUUGUUUUCAGGAAACACUCAUGCAAUUUCCGGGGCAGUUUGGCCCACAUCGGGAAUGCAAGAUUAGCCUUAGAACAUCUACCAAGCCGAUCAUAUGAUAUAGAAUAGGAGCAAAUUAUUUGUAUGAAUAAGUUAUGAUUUACACAUGAUCGUCCUGUACACAAUGUGAUUGUUUGUUAAGAACUAUCAUACUGAUAAACUAAUGUUAAUCGAAAUGGAA